AUGGAUGUUGGCGUUGGAUCGAACAGCUUUCUAGCCAACAUACCAAUUGUGUCUGGAAAUAUCGAUUUGAGUGAUACAUCAGGUUUAGUCCCUAUUAAUAAUCAAACACCACUCACUUCUGUUGUUUCAUCUAAUGAAACAGUUGCUUCGCAUUUGGCGCCAACUAAUUUGUCUCAUGUGCGACUUACAUCGAUCGAUGGUGAACAACAACAAGAACAUUCCGAUGAUCGUCAUAUUGUAUAUGAACCUUACUUUAUUGAUCCAAAAAAUGGUGGAACUUCCGUACUUAUUCGUUCUGGAGAAAUGCAUGUCGAUGAAAGACGUAAUUCUCAUUUGAACAUUAAUCAGAAAUUUGUAAAGAAUUCGGACACCGGCCAAAUUUCUCCAUUAUUGGGCGCAAAUUACUCAUCGAUACGUGAUCAUGGAAAAAAAAAUGAAACUAAUAGUGCGGGAAAGAGUUGUCAAAAAAUUACAGUUGGUGAAAAAAAGAAGAUAAAACGGUUGCAUAUACGAAAACAAGGACUUCAACGUGUUAAUGAGUUGGACAAAUUUAAUGUGCUUCGUCAAUCAAAUGAUACGUCGAAUGAAGAUGAGUUAGAUAAAGUUCAUCUGCGAGAAAAACGAGCGCGCCGUGCUGAAGCUGCUCGUCAGCGAUAUCAGCGAAUGAAUUCUGAGGAAAGACGUUUAUAUAAUCAAAGAAGACGAUUAAGACAAUUGGGAUUGCAAGCCAUUAAAAAAUCAUCCAUUGAUGAAGAGAAAAUUAAGCAACAUAUCAUUGAACAAAAUGCGAAAAAAGCUGAAGCUGCCCGCCUUCGAUAUCAUCGAAUGAGUGAUGAUGAAAAACGAAUUUAUAAUCAGAGACGAACAGAAGCAUUUCGUCGACGCCGCAUAGAAGAAGAAAUUUUGCUUUCGACACCGGCUGGUAGAAUAAGUGCCGAAGCUUUAAGCAAAGCUCAACAAAUAAUGCUUAGGAAUGCAAAAAGAGCUGAAGCAGCUAGGCAACGAUACCAGAGGAUGACACCAGAACAGCGCAAGAUUUAUAACCAGAAGCGAUCAUCAGCAAAAAAAGCUCGAGAAAAAUUAGUGCGAUCAACAACAGAGAGUUACGAAAUAAUAAGAUUGGACGAUGACUGCAAUGCCAGCGAAGAAGCAUUGUCGGCAUUAGAGCGAGAUGUUAUCAAGCGGACAAAACAGGCACAUAUGGUACUUAUGAGACAGAAACGAAGUAAUAUGCAAGAUCAGUUGGUUAUGAUCACAACUGCUUCCGAUGGUUCUCAGACAAUAAUUCCAGCUACCACUAUGGAAGAUGGGAAACAAGUCUUUCAUGUACCAGUAUCCUCAGCCACAUUGAAUAGAGAAAAGCAAAUUUUCCAUAUUCCAGUUACAUCAAACGAUUCAUCCUAUACUUCGCCGAUUUUGAAUCAGCAAAUUUCUGAACCGGUUCAUCUUCAUGGUAACCCAUUGGUUUCUGUUAGUCAGACUGAAGCAUGUGGACAGUUCGUCGAAGUUUCAGCUCCUGUGAUCGGAAUUAUUGAUGAUUCGCAACCAUCUUUUGAGAAACAGAGUCAACGGCAACAGAGUGGACAGUCUGUCAUAUUAACUAUACCUGAGAUACUUAUUGCCGAUUUAAACCAACCUACUGGAGCUGUUUUGUCGAAUGGUAUUAACAGUUUACGACAACACGGCCGACCGUCUUUAUAUUCACCUACCGCUUCAGUUAUACAACAGAAACAGCAGACGCAGGAGCAACAGCGGGGAUUUGUUCCAACGAGUGGGUCUUUUUGUGCAGAAGCUGAUUUCCCAUCUAGUUCGCGAAACAAUAAUCAAAGUACAGGUAUUUCUAAUAUUUCUAGCAGUGUAGAUAUUUUGGCCAUUGCAAAUGCCGCUACUGUAAGUGCCUCCAUUGAAUUAACGCAAGAACAAAAAAUGGAACUCCAAAAAGCUAAACGGGCAGAAAGAGCCAGAUUACGGUAUCAUAGAAUGACACAAGAGGAACGGAGACUUUUCAAUGCUCGCAGAGCUAGUGCAUUACGCGAAGCGCGACUACGUGAUGAACAGCUCUGUCAGUUAGCUGAAUCGGUGGAGCAAAAUGGCGGUAGUUUGGAUGCUGCAAUUAUGGCACAGAGACGCCGGGCUCGUCGAGCUGAAGCUGCUAGGUUGAAAUAUCAUCGUAUGACCAGUGAGGAAAGGAAGCGGUUUAAUGCUGCUAGGGAUGCACAACGACGGAGAAGGAAACGUGAACGACAAGCCACUGUUGCUUCAAUCAGUCAGCAACACGAAACGAUCGAUGAUGAAAUAAUUGAUGUCGUCCGCGAUCAAGAAACGCAUGUACAAGUUAGCACUUCCGAUCCAUCUUUAACUUCAUACAAUGCGUACAUAAAUUACAGUGAACAAUUAGAACAUGACUGGACUAAUUAG